AUGGCCGCCCGCCGACAACAAGACCGCGAUAGGCUUCCUGUCGUUGAGACCGAGCUUGCCCGGCUGGAACUCCAGAUUAGCAGGCUGCGAAUUGAGCGCAGUGGAAUCAAGCGUCGCCUGGAGAGUUACAUAUACCCAGUCCAAAACCUUCCCAACGAAAUCGUAUCAGAAAUCUUCAUCAACCUCAUUCCUCCCUAUCCCGAAUGCCCACCUCUCUUCGGUCAGCAAUCACCGACACGCCUCCUGCGUAUUUGUCAUGCCUGGCGAGAGAUUGCGCUUCACACACCCCAACUUUGGCGCGCCAUAGAUUGUCAAGGGCCACCACCCCGGUACCGUCUCCGGCCAAACCAGACGGUACCCGAUGCUGCCACAACUCUCGCGGAAAUUAACACUUGGUUGGGCCGUUCUGCUUCCUGCGGCUUGUCGCUCUCCUUCGAUCCUCAACCUGACGAGAAUCCUGAAUACCAAACUGAUGUCAUGAAGCUGCUACGACUCCACCAGCAUCGCUGGGAAUUUCUUACUAUGACCAGCGUCGCGGCAGUCGAAUCGAACGAAACCCCUCUUGCACUCGCUGGGCCACUUCCCCUGCUUCGAGAGCUCUGGGCCUUUCAUAGUGUCGCGGUCUCCGCGGCCCCUUCGAAUGCUCCAAUGCUCAGAUCUUUAUUCCUCAGUAUUCCGCGAUUCCCAGAUACUUUUGCGAUGGGACCCAACAAUAUUCAAUGGGCUCAGUUCACCAGCUUGAACCUGAACCAUGCUAUCGAGGAUUGUCUUCCGAUUCUUCGUGAUGCUGUCAAUCUUCGACACUUUUAUGUGCACCUAGAGCGGGAAAAAACCAUCCUCCCAGCAGCCCUUCAUCUCCCUCCUCGACUCGAAACCUUCAUUCUGGUCUUUGAUGCCAAUCCAGGAUCCCUCCCCCUUGCACCCGGUUACCUCCAGAAAAUCGUGGGUCCCGCACUCAAACGCGUACACAUCCAUGCUGUCUUCCUGCAGCCCAACCCCAUGGACGUGAUAAAUGCGUUUCUCCGCAACUCCCAGUGCCCGCUGCAACAUCUGCAGUUCAUGGGACAGUCCAAGCCUUUCGUGAUUUUGGCGGAAGAGCUGCGAGUUCUGCUGCCACAUAUUCCGAAGAUUACCAAAGUCAGCGGACCACCAGAGCCUGUAAUCGGACAAUCGAUGGAUCAGUACUUUGACCGAAUAACUCUCCCAUACUAG